GUCACUUCUCAGCUACGGGUAUCAGGGCUGGGAAGAAAGUCAGCAAAUUCUGUAUGUGACGUGUGAGAGGGCGAGAGAUAAACAGAUAUAGAGAGAGGGCGAGAGAGUGUGAUAGAAGAACAGGCAAAGUAAGAGAAAGAGAGAUGAAGGUGUCACUGGGCUUGAUCUGCAUCCUGUGUCUUUCAGCACUCUGUGCAGGUAAGGAGCGCUAGAUAGAGUGCAGAGCAGUGAGUUACUUUAGAUCUGACAGUGUGCAAGUCACAGAGCUGUGCUGAUCUUGCAGUGCACAGAGCGUUAUUUACUGCUGUAUAAAUGUGCAGAGCGUAGUGCAUAAACAGAGUAAUCCAUGCUUCUUAUGUGUGUCACAAAGCUCCACAACAGUAAAGCUCACACAGGGUUAUUCACUAACGUGAGAAUUGUCGGGAAAUUAAACUGAAUUCAAAGUGAAUUUCAAAUUUAAGAACUGAAUAGCCAAACAGGAACAAUUCUCCAAUUCUAAUAUGCUUGUAGUUUGGCUACUUUAGCAUAAAUUUGAAAUUCACUUUGAAUUCCUAAGAAUUCUCAUUUUAGUAAAUAACGCUGACAGUAUUAUGUAAUUGUAUCACAGAGCUCCACAGCAAUAAAAUUCACAGUAAUGUGCGGUGUGUAUGAGUGUAUCAUAGAGAGCUCCACAGCAAUAAAACUCACAAUAAUGUACAGUGUGUAUAAGUGUAUCACAGAGCUCCACGGCAAUAAAUUCACAGUAAUGUACAGUGUGUAUGAGUGUAUCACAGAGCUCCACAGCAAUAAAACUCACAGUGCGGUGUGUAUGAGUGUAUGGCAGAGCAAUAAAACCCAAGAAUAAAUAUCUAGAACAAUUACGUAGCAUAAUUAUUGUUUAGUCCAUGGUAAAUGUUUAGUUAUUGGUUUAUGUUAAUAAAUAAUUUAUGCUCCUCCAAGUGCUUUUAUUGCAUAAGUAGUUGUCUAGAGUUUAUGAAGGCAUCUAAUAUUUUCAGAAUCUUUUUUUUUUUUUUUGUUCCCAUCAAGGGUCUCAUGUGGUGGUGACUGGUGUCAUUGGUGACAGGGUUACUUUGCCAUGUCUGAUGUCCCCAGAGCAGCUAAACCAGAAAAGUAACUCAAAAUAUCCUGCAGUAUCCCUGCAUUGGCGCAGGAUAAAUAGGUAAAUAGAAAUAUUACUGAAUUCCUAUCUGUCUUUAUAGAUGACUAUCUUCCACUGUACAGCUCACAUCGCACGUUUUUUUACUCUGCCCCGUCAUCUGUAACUGCUUAGUUAUCUGUCUCUUUUAUUGUCUGUGUUACUGCAUAGCUAUUUGUAAUUCUAUGGCUAUCAUACACUGCAUGGCUAUCACACGCUGCAUGGCUGUCAUACACUGCAUGGUUAUCACACGCUGCAUGGCUGUCAUAUACUGCAUGGCUAUCACACACUGCAUGGCUGUCAUGCAAUGUAUGGCUAUCAUACACUGCAUGGCUGUCACACACUGCAUGGCUGUCACACACUGCAUGGUUAUCAUACACUGUGUAGUUAUCAUAUACUGCAUGGCUAUCACAUACUGCAUGGCUAUUAUACACUGUAUGGCUAUUGCCAACACACUGCAUGGCUAUCACACACUGCAUGGCUAUCACGCACUGCAUGGUUAUCAUACACUGCCUGGCUAUCACACACUGCGUGGUUAUCAUACACUGUAUGGCUGUCACACACUGUGUAGUUAUCAUACACUGCAUGGCUAUCACAUACUGCAUGGCUAUUAUACACUGUAUGGCUAUUGCUAUCACACACUGCAUGGCUAUCACACACUGCAUGGUUAUCACGCACUGCAUGGUUAUCACGCACUGCGUGGCUAUCGCGCACUGCGUGGUUAUCACACACUGUGUGGUUAUCAUACACUGCCUGGCUAUCAUACAUUGCCUGGCUAUCAUACACUGCCUGGCUAUCAUACACUGCCUGGCUAUCACACACUGCGUGGUUAUCACACACACUGCAUGGUUAUCAUACACUGCGAGGAUAUCACACACUGCCUGGCUAUCACACACUGCCUGGCUAUCACACACUGCCUGGCUAUCCAUGCACUGCCUGGCUUUCCAUGCACUGCCUGGCUAUCCAUGCACUGCGUGGCUAUCACACACUGCGUGGCUAUCAUACACUGCGUGGCUAUCAUACACUGCAUGGCUAUCACACUGCGUGGUUAUCAUACACUGCAUGGCUAUCAUACACUGCGUGGUUAUCAUACACUGCGUGGUUAUCAUACACUGCAUGUUAUCACACACUGCGUGGCUAUCAGCGUGGUUAUCAUACACUGAAUGGCUUUCAUGCACUGCAUGGCUAUUACACACUGCGUGGUUAUCAUACACUGCAUGAUUAUCUGUUAUUGUUUUAAGUCUAUCACUUUAUUAUCUGCCAUUUUGUAGCAAUUUGUCACCAUAUGGCUAGAUGUUAUUAUAUAACUGUCUCAACUCACAGCUGUUUGUCCAUAAGUACAAUUUAUUUCUGUCACUGAAUUGGCUAUUUUACAAGUAAAUGUCUAUGGUUUAAAUCAAACUGGCACCUAGAGUAUCAAGAAAAUAGAAAAUGCCCAAAUAAGGCUAUAAUGCUAAUAAAGUAAUUAUAAUGGGCACAUUAAAAAAAACUAAAAAAUAAUAAAAAAAAUAGGAAGAUACAAUUAAAGAAUACUUAAUAACAAUUAUUACCAUUUCUGAUCUGUAAACAGUGAUAGAAUAUAUUAAGCCAUAUUGUAAUGCCCCAAUAGUUCUUUAUUUAGACUAAAACUGGAAUUGUGAAGAACUGACAAGGCAAUUGCAAUUGUUAGGCGAAAAUAAGAACUGAAAAUGAGAAUCUCCAACUCCAAUUUGGGAUUUCCUGGUCAAUUCUCAGUAAUUGCAGGUUUAGUGAUAAAAUCCAACUGUGUUUGCAGGAUUCGGCUCUUGUCCAUAAAUUCCAUUAAUAGAGUUUAUUAUCACAAAACAGCUGAAAGCAGAAAGUAUUUUUUUCAUUUCAAUCUUUUUAUUUGGAAUAUAGACAGGAAUAAACAAAGGCAAAAUCCCAGUAUUACAGCUACAGAAACUUCACAAAACGUAUUUCUAGUUUUCAUCAUAUAUUAAGAGAAGAACAGUUUAUUAUAAAAUCUGCAGAACAGAGCACAAUAAACAAACAACAGGCAUUUAAACAUUCACAGUAAAAUAGUAGUAUGGGAUCGUGAUGUGGAACGUGUACAGUGAGAUUGUCACUUCGAUUCUUUUCAAACAAUUACCAAGAAAGUAGAAUUUAUGCAGAUUUAUUUAUUCUGCCCGCAUUAUUUAUUCUAAUAAUCCUGGCAUAUUUAUGUAUGGCAAAUAGCGUGGAGUUACGUCAUAAAUUUAGGAAGAAAUGAAAAGUGGUUACUUUACCUGAAUCUAAGAUUUGAUUAACACUGGCCCCUUUCGCCAUAUGGAGAUGUAGGGCUUUACUUCCGUAAUAUUCCAUAUCUAUCGCGCAAAAAUCCUAUUCGUCUGUCGCUGGUAACUCAUGGUCCUAGAGAUUGACCAAGAGGAUGCGAUACGUCGCCUGAAAACAUUGUAGCUACAUCUUGCUUUGUGACCCACAGAGCUUCCCAAAUAUUUAACCCUGAAAGGAAAGGUUAAACUUUACUAUCAUCCAAGUUAGGUGCCAAAAUGCCUUAUGUAAGCAUAGAAUGCCCUGCUUAUUUAACAUUGACAGUUCCAUACUGCCCUUCUGUAGGUAAGGUGGGAUAUUCGAUUUCGGAAUAAAAUCUUUAAAGAGCAUGUUGUUAUGACAACACAGUCCGACUUUAGGAGUUAAAAUACCACAAAUUACACACAGUUGGAAACACCUGCUACAUUGCUAAAGCUUUUACAAAAAACACUGUGUUUCCUGUUAAAUUGGAACAUUACGGUUUAAUAAAACGGAUUAAUGUAUAUUCCUUAGCACAUACAUGACAAUAUAGCACGGAGUCACUACAUGUUUCUAUGUUGGAGUGCCGUUACAUAGCCAUACCUAAAUGGAUCAGAUUUUUACUGAAAAUUGAGAUGUCCAUUGAGGUCAUUUUAAAAUAUUACUUUAAUUGAACAUUAUUAUUAAUAUUCACAUAACUUCUCUCUUAUGUGCACAAAAAUAAAUAAAUAAAAAGAAACAAAAAUGAAUUAGGCCUAUGCAAAAAUAUUAAAAAUAUAUACUCAAUUUGUGACUUAAAAGAUGGAAUAAAAUAUACUUGCUAGAUUUUCAUGUUGGACUGAUCACAAAAUUAAUAAUUUUAUGUUUGUUAUUAAAAAAAUUUUUAUACACAUAAGAGACCAAAAAUUCUGUUUUUUGUUUUUUUGCAUAUAAAGAAAAACGUUUGCAAGUUCAGACAUGACCGAGUGGUAUUGCGAUGGUGUAAAAGUAUCAGACAUGUUGAGAAAAAUGCACCAUUUUUUAAAAACAAGCAGUAUGAACCAGAUAUCACGCUUAUGUAACAAUAGUAAACUCUUAGUUGUUUGCUGGAUACCCGGUGUGGUGGGACCAUGUGUUCUAGUAUGUGUGUCCAAGAUUAGUUGUCGCUUGACCUGGGCCCUCGUAUUUGGGGGUCGCUUGUCUUUCUGGUGAGUGCUGCGAGGACAUCCCUGUCGUGACUACAGUCGGUACCCUUUGACUUGUGCUUAUGGGUCUGUGGUGCCUGUCUGAAGGCUAGCUAGGUGUGGUCAAGUACUGCGUUGGGCGGGUUUGUUUUGGGCCCACUAGAGUUGCUGCAAUCGUUCGUUGAGUGGGUAUGAGUAUGCGAAAGUCUGUGGGUGUGGUGGUCUGUGGGUGCCUCUCGUCGAGAGUAACUUUGGUGGUCCGUUUUGGGGCUUAAGUAAAAGUGGUGUUGCGGUAACAAAUAAGUGGGCUGGUUUGGUUUGUAGUGCCCCUAACCAAGGGGGCUGGGGGCCGGGGGGGGAGAGUUGUGGUGGGUGUGUGCCGCCGGUUUUGUCCGGGUAUCAUGCCAAAAGCAUGAGUUGGUGUUUGAUGUGUGUUGAGAUAUGUUAAGAGUUGUUUUUUUGUAAACCUUGGGAUGACAUUUGUUGUGGUCUUUGAUCUUGCACCAGGCCUAGACCAUAAAACCAGAGCUGGACACAAGGAAUUGCAUAGAGUGGGCAAUAAAUUGCCAGACCAACCCCCUCACUUCCACUUUCCCCAUUGUCUCCGCUGGGCCUAUAGCCCACACUCGUGACAUCGGGUUUUGCAACAAACAGCAUGAAUCGAUGCUGGGUGGCCUCUGCUCACUUGUACCGUUGUUAGUGUGGCUGGAUGGGCUGUAAAUUGUGUGAUUGUCGGCGGACUGAGCAGAGCGCCGUUGGAGCAGUGGAAAAUGGUGCCUGCUUUGUUCCGCGGCUAAGCGGAAAAAAAAUAUCCAAACUCUCCUCUUUUUAUAACCCAAAUAUUAUCCCUCCUUGCCUCUUUUAACUAUCUAAGCCUCAUUGCAUUCUUUCCAUCUUCAUUUAAAUCUCUCUCCAUUUUAUUCCCCAUUUACCCAGUUUCAUUUUACUUGUUAUCUCCUCUUUACUAAGUCUGUUCUCUCUAACCCUUGUUUUUCCCUUUUAGGGAACCUGUGAAUGUGGUCUCAGUGUACCCCAGUGGGAUUAUGUACACCAACCUGCCCCUAAUCUCACGUGCCUCGGUCAGGAAGCCCAUGUUGGAUUCAGGAGACUUCUCUCUGCACCUGCUUAAUGUUAGGAAAACCGAUGCUGGGAAUUACGUAGGACUGGCAGUGUACGGGCGAGUGAAGAAGAACUGCACGGUGGAACUGCGUACCAUAGAAGGUGGGUGAAUGAUAAAGUACACAUAUGGCACACAGACAAUGGGUAUACAUUGUAAUUCUGGGUUAAUCGGUCAGCCCAGGAAGCUCAAACCUCAACUUAACACCCGACAAACACCUCUGAGUAUAAUAGUGAACCUGUGGCAUGGGUGAUAAAUAAGUGUUUUGUGUUAAAGGGACACUCCUAGCACCAUAACCACUGCAACUUUUUCUUAUGGUUUUGGCACUAGAAAGCUUUCACUGAUAACAUGACUUUUAAAUCCUUACCACUCCAGCUUGUUACUUUUGUCUUCAGCACCAGGGCUUCAUCCCCUUCCCAUUACCAUCAUAUGGAGAAGACUAGCUUUCUUAUUAAGCUGUACAAGCAUUUGUAUGGUGUGAGCACACAGCCUGGAGAUACCAUUCAGCUAGGCAGGGUACUGUGCUGUGUACUGUGAUCAUGCCAUACAAAUAUCUGGAUGGGUGGCUAAAUGGGUAAAGUACACUUCCUCAGAUAAUGUAAGUAGAAAGGGGCCAAGAGUCUGAGCCAUGAAUAUCAAUGUAAAAAUCACUUGAAUGAAGUAAAUUGUAGAUUAUACUAGUUUUAGUGUAACUAUAAUCUUAAUUUUAUUAAUGACAGGAGGCGAAUAUUUGCUUAAGUCUCUCUUUACUAGAACUCCACAGCAGCACAUUAACAUAGAGAUAAAAACACCAGAGACAAAAAAAAAUCAGGAAUCUAUAAAAGGCUUCUCCCAACUAACUAUUUCCUCUUUCACGCUGCGACAAAUAAAGUACAUGAACAAUACACCACAAAUACAAUAACAGGAGAAACAAACAUAACAUAACAAUGAAUUCCAUCCGAAAUUGAAACCGUGGAACCAGUGGGUGAAGCCUUGACCUUUAUCCUGUAGAGUAGUCGGAUCUAAGAACUGUAGCCCAACCAUUAAACUGAAAUGAGAAAGAGUCGAAAACACUGAUUAGCGAAUGAAAUGUACUGAGAAAAACCUGAAUCCCCAUCGUAAAUACUGACAGUAUAAUAUUCCAGAUAGUGGAAAAAAAACCUGAAUCCCCAUCAUAAAAUACUGACGGUACCAUAUCUCAGAUAAACCCCAAAUUCCCCAGAUAACCAACCUAGCCCAGGAGACCAGGUGAAUAAACAAGUCAGUCAAACCAACAAACAACAAGGGGAGGGAGACACUGGGAGGGAAAUAUUUGCCUCCUGUCAUUAAUAAAAUUAAGAUUAUAGUUACACUAAAGCCAAUAUAAUCUACAAUUUUAUAGCAUGACAGGAGGCUUCAUAUUUGCUGUUUUAACGCUCGGACAGCAAAGAACAGAAAAAAAAAAAAAACAAUCCGCAGUACCAACCUAAACUCUGCAAAGAUAGCUCCUCGUAACCGUCAGGAAAGCGUACGAUGUCUUGGAGAAAAACGUCCGCCAUGUCGGUACCUGAAGUAGCCAUGUUACUGACUGAAGUGAACCGAAAAAACCUAUACGGCCCGCCAAUGCCAACCAUAACCAAGCGGUACAUGAAGGGCGAGAAAAAGGGAAGAACCAUUUAAACAAACGGUGACGUAGAACACCACCUAAAGAUGGGAGCAUUACCAAAGUAAGAAUAUGACCCUCGGGUCCAACUAAGGCUGAUAGACAACUAAGGUCCGAUCCACCGAACCCAUCUGAAAGAAAAACAAGGUAUAAUAACGGAAAUAAAUCCAGAGUCAGUGAAUGGGCAAAACCCGACAGAACCCACAAUAGGAGCAUGACAAAAAUGUGUGUACCCCCUGGGGAGAUGAAUUCCCUCAGGAAUCGUAAAGGGAAUUCUAAGCAGAGCGAGGCCGUCAUCCAGCCAAACUGGUCGGGGCCUGAUGGGUCCUCUUUCAUGGACUAAAGUCUUGACAUCGGGUCCUCCCAGAGAAAACUAUUCCAUACGUACGAGAACUCUGGCAGAGGAGAGCGUAGGAGGCGUCCAAUCCGACCUCCAGUACUCUACUACUUGAGAUGUAGAGGAGGUUGAUAUCUCCCUGGUUGAAAACGAAAUCCAGGGACUCGAACAAGGGAGAACGCAGGGAGCGUCUGACCUUUCGGUCUGGGAGGUACCUCUCAGGGGGUCUGGCAAGCCCGUCCAGUAAGAUGUCCUAUAUCAAUGAAGAGUCGCGUCCGGGUCCCAACGCGUGGAAAACGAGAAAGAUCUCUUCAGAUAGUUCUGGUAUUCCUGAAUGACCUCAAUUCCUCCCAACCUGCCAACCAGGUUGUAUUAUCGCCCAAAUGACUGAUGCACAACAUACCUAUCUCGCCAGGGAGAAAAUAGAGGCCACCUUACCAGAACUGGGCCCCGCGGUCUCUAGAAGUUUCUUGAGGGCCGUGUCUAAUUCAAAGUAACUAAAAGUGAAUAUACGUUCAAUCGUAGACUCGUGCUGGGACUUCGAGGGGCUCAGAUCCCUUUCCCAAGGGCCUCCAGUGGUCCAAAUUGCGUUUAGGAUAGGUUCGUCUGCCACCCCAGACUUGAGGCCCCGUCUAGGAUGUCAUCCGGAAGUGGAGGCAAGUGUGAAAUUCCAGGUCAAGGGUCCAAUCCCCUAUAAAAAGGUACGGGUUGGAGCUGAGAUAAGCCUCCAUCAAGUAUUUCCAUGUAAAAAAAGGACACAUAUUAUACCUCCUCGUAUGUUCCACUAGCACAACUCACUCGUGUAACGGAGAACAAUCGGCUUGCCAGUGCGGACUUAAUAUAUAGGUACUGCAGUGGGCUGCACUCAGGAUCUCCUGAAUAAAGAAGUGCUUAACCAGCAAAACCGCAGUGCCCCAUCGGGGUCUAAGUCUGGCUUUGCGGCUACUUUGUUCGGGAGCCCGGCUGGGAAUACCGCUUGAAUUAUCCUGCGGGCUUCUCAAGCCAGCGGUCUACGGGCCCAGAAACACACCGAUGGUGCCAGGUGAUCGGGCAGAGACCAUUCCAAAGAACCCAGAAGAGCAAUGGAUCGAGGGUCGAACAGGGGUUCGUUUAAGGUGAUCCACGAGACGACCUCUUCUUCCACGGUUGUCAGGGCCCCUGUAGUGGACUUUGUUCUACAUCUCAUGGUGCCACUGGGGGCCGUCAUCAUAAUCCACACCCCCAUCGUCCUCUCCCUCCGAGGGGAACCGGUCCCCCCGCCAUUCAGCUAGGGCGGCCAUGGUGGUGGUGGUGGGGUUACGGGGACCUUCACCCCUGCGCCACCUAGGCAGUGUUGUCUGGCCGUCAAGGCAGAUUGUAUCAGGGCUAGACACUUCUCCGGAGUCUAAUCUUUCCAGGCGUCUGGUUCCGGGCCUUCACCCUACCCGUAGUGCUUAUGCGCCCUUGCCUGCUCUCCUCUCAGAGAGUCUGACUCCUUCAAGUCAUCUGCCUUUUUAAGAAGGUGGUCACCGCCUCCCCCGCGCCAUAUAGGCAGGGCCGUCUGGCCGAUUGCAAAGGGGCUAGCUGCUCCUCGGAGUCUUAUCUUUCCGGGAGCCUGGUUCAGGGCAUUCACCCUUCCAGUAGGGCUCAUGCGCACUUGCCUGCUCUCCUCAAGGGGUCCCGGCGGUCGGUAACGGAAGCGGUUGGAGGACCGCUUUCCGGCAGCCGCAAAGCGGAUGAAAAGUGAAGGGGGCAAAGCCACCCCGAAAAGGUAGAGGGAGGGAGGGAAAAAAAAGGAAACCUCCUCCAAACCCGAGAAAAAGGCGAUCCCCAGACAGGGGGGCCCAAAACAGCUAAAUGCAGAAAAGUCAUAAGAGAAAAUACAUCCCUACAGCAAAAGAAAUUGGGAAAAUAAAAAUACAAUCUAAAUAAAUAAAUGAUAAUGGCAAUAGGAAGGUAAACACAUUCUAAACAAAUAAAUCCCUGCAGCCAUAAGAAGGUAGAUGCAGAAAAACAGAGUAAAUCAAUCACUAGAGCACUAAGAAGGUAGAUGCAAAAAUACCCUCUAAACAAAUAAAUCAAUACAGUAAUAAACAUAAAUACAGUAAAAUAUCCACAACCACCCAUAUAUAACAGGAGGCAGUGGUACUCUGACCUGUACUGACUGCGGAGCAGCAAAGAAAGAGGAAAUAGUUAGUUGGGAGAAGCCUGAUUUUUUUUGUCUCUGGUGUUUUUAUCUCUAUGUUAAUGUGCUGCUGUGGAGUUCUAGUAAAGAGAGACUUAAAGGACCACAAUAGUGCCAGGAAAACAUACUUGUUUUCCUGGCACUAUAGUGCCCUGAGGGUACUCCCACCCUCAGGGUCCCACUCCCGCCAGGCUCUGGGGAGAGGAAGGGGUUAAAAUCUUACCUUUCUCCAGCGCCGGGCGGGGAGCUCUACUCCUCCUCUCCUCCUUCCUAGCGACGUCAUCGGCUGAAUGCGCAUGCGUGGCAGGAGCCGUGCGCGCAUUCAGCCAGUUCAUAGGAAAGCAUUUAUAAUGCUGGCGUCUUUUCACAGUGAGAAGCACGCAAACGCCUCUAGCGGCUGUCAAUGAGACAGCCACUAGAGGCUCUAGAGGCUGCAUUAACCCUAAUAUAAACAUAGCAGUUUCUCUGAAACUGCUAUGUUUAUUAAAAAAAGCGUUAACCCUAGCUGGACCUGGCACCCAGACCACUUCAUUAAGCUGAAGUGAUCUGGGUGCCUAAAGUGGUCCUUUAAGCAAAUAUGAAGCCUUCUGUCCUGCUAUAAAAUUUUCAUGGGCAGCUCUAGUGCAACAAGCACUAGUGGUUAUGGUGCUUGGAGUGUCCCUUUAAGACACAAGAUGCAUUACUCAGUAAUCUAAAUACACCCAGCUGAUAUAUAUCAUUGCUUAUAAAAUUACUUUGUGUGUACAGAAACCAGCAGCAAAUACAUAGCAAGAACCCCACUUGAGAGUGCAAACUAAAUACACAUUAAUUUUAAAAAAGCGAUGUCAGUAAAUACAUUGCAUGGAGAUUUACAAUUAUGGAUCUGCUAAACUGCUGCUGUCUGUGGAUUAGAAAAUGCAGAGUAACAAUCAGAAAAACUUAAAUCUCAACUAUUUUAUUCUGCCUUUUACAAAGUCACUUGAUAGGUCAGGGUAACUGUUACAAGGCAUUAUUUGGACUCAUUUAAAUUAGAGUGAUGACUGGAAAAUUAGAAUUCAUUGUGUGGGUUAUAUUUGCAUUUCGUAUGAAAUGUUUUUACGACUUGUAUAGCAGACAGUGUACACAGACAAUAUACGCUUACAGAUAGUAUACAUUAAUAGACUGACAAUAAAAUCUAUACAAGGACAGACAAUAUACAUAGACAGACAAUACACAAUAUAGACUUAUAAUAUACAUCAAUAGACAGACAAUAGAAAUAUAAUGUAUACAUGGACAGACAGUAUACAUGGACAGACAGUACACAAUGUAGACAUAUCGUGUACAUCAAUAGACAGUCAAUAAAAAUAUAAUGUAUACAUGGACAGACAGUAAACAUUGACAGACAGUACAUAAUACAAACAUAUAGUAUACAUCAAUAGACAGACAAUAGAAAUAUAAUGUAUACAUGGACACACAGUACACAUAGACAGACAGUAAAUACAGACAUAUAGUAUACAUCAAUAGACUGACAAAAUCUAUACAAGGACAGAAAAUACACAAUAUAGAUUUAUAGUAUACAUCAAUAGACAGACAAUAGAAAUAUAAUGUAUACAUGGACAGGCAGUAUACAUAGACAGACAGUACAUAAUCCAGACAUAUAGUAUACAUAAAUAGACAGACAAUAGAAAUAUAAAGUAUAACUGGAUAGACAGACAGUAUACAUAUACAGACAGUACAUAAUAGAGACAUAUAGUAUACAUCAAUAGACAGACAAUAGAAAUAUAAAGUAUAACUGGAUAGACAGACAAUACACAAUAUAGAUUUAUAGUAUACAUCAAUAGACAGACAAUAGAACUAUGACAUAUACAUGUACAGACAGUAUACAUAGACAGACAGUACAGAAUACAGACAUAUAAUAUACAUCAAUAGACAGACAAUAGAAAUAUAAAGUAUAACUGGACAGACAGACAAUAUACAUAGACAGAUAGUUGGAAUUUUACAAUGAUCCUGAAGGCAAUUGCAGCACAGCUAUCAGAUAAUAGUAAUAUUAGAUUAUUUCCAAUUAAAAUAAAUACAUAAAUAUAUAAAUGUUACAUGAACACACACAUUAAUUCUCCUAUUCUAAUCAGUUAGCCACUUCUGCCACCAAAAACCUACAAAAUGCUGAUUUUAUUAUUGAACAGUAGUUAUAUUUUCAUUGUUUAUACACUUUUUCACUUUGGUCAAAACGUUGUAACUAUGUUAGCUUUACGUUUAUUCAAGAUGGAAAUAUAUUUCAUAGCUCUCAAUUUAGUUUUUUGUAAAAUACAUGUAAGAGUUUAUUCACUAAACUGUGAAUUGUGAUGGAUUGAAAACCACUUUUGUGAAAUCUAGGCUAUAAACAAUAAACUUGGGAACACAUUUCUGUUAGAAAUGUUAUUUCUCACUGUCAUAUUUUGAUCUAAAUGCUGCCUAUAUUUGUCUAUCAAUUCACUCUCAUCUUUAGUGAAAAAAAAUGCAUAUUUUUUCGUGGAAGGUCUAUCACAAGAGCUUAAAUAUUAUUGUUGUUUUUUUUAUAAUUCAAUCGCCCCCAAAUUUUCAGAGCUUUGUAAAAGAUCAUGGCUUCAAUUUAACAUUUGAAGCAAGGGGGGGUUGGCUGCACUCACCUGUACAUGCAUAAAUGGGGGUGCUGCUGGGGGCCAAAUAAUACAAAACACAAGAUCCAGCGCACUCACCUAUCCACUAAACAGCAACUUCAAUGUUGAAAGAUUUUAUUAGUUUUUUUAAAAACACCUAAUCUAGGCAAAAAUAAUGGGGGUUUAGUUACAUUAUAUGAUCAUACAUUGCAUAAGCCUGCCACAACGUCAAUGUACCCCAUCUUUGGCAGGUCCUACACUAACAGCCUAAUGUCUGCUCUUAUGAGAUUAACCACUUACUUGAGGGAAAAAAAAAUCCAUCUGGGGCUCUCUGCAGUACAAGGCUAAAUAGGGCCCUGGGAUGAGGCACCUGUGACAGGGAGGGGUGCAAAAUCAAGGAGUUGGCUAGACUCCCAAAUAUAUACAUAUGAAACAAGGGGGGGUUGGCUGCACUCACCUGUACAUGCAUAAAUGGGGGUGCUGCUGGGGGCCAAAUAAUACAAAACACAAGAUCCAGCGCACUCACCUAUCCACUAAACAGCAACUUCAAUGUUGAAAGAUUUUAUUAUUUUUUUUUUUUUUUAAAACAUCUAAUCUAGGCAAAAAUAAUGGGGGUUUAGUUACAUUAUAUGAUCAUACAUAGCCAACUCCUUGGUUUUGCACCCCUCCCUGCCACAGGUGCCUCAUCCCAGGGCCCUAUUUAGCCUUGUACUGCAGAGAGCCCCAGAUGGAAUUUUUUCCCUCAAGUAAGUGGUUAAUCUCAUAAGAGCAGACAUUAGGCUGUUAGUGUAGGACCUGCCAAAGAUGGGGUACAUUGACGUUGUGGCAGGCUUAUGCAAUGUAUGAUCAUAUAAUGUAACUAAACCCCCGUUAUUUUUGCCUAGAUUAGGUGUUAAAAAAAAAAAAAAACUAAUAAAAUCUUUCAACAUUGAAGUUGCUGUUUAGUGGAUAGGUGAGUGCGCUGGAUCUUGUGUUUUCAAUUUAACAUUGUUGGAUAAGCCUUUCAAAUUAUUUAAUAUUAUGAAAAAGACUUACAUUUUUAAAUGUUUUGUUGUUUUUUUUAUAUAUUGAGAUUUUUUUUAUAUAUGAAAUUUAUUUUAAAUUUUAAUAUUUUGAAUGUAAUAAUAUUGAAUUGUUUAAAAAGAUUAUCCAGAAAUAUAAGGUCUGAAGUUCAUAUUUCUUGCAAAGUAAGUUAUAGAUUUAGAACAUAUUUAAAAGCAUCACAGCUAUGGCUUAAGUAUUGUAAAACCAGAUCUAUUGGUAUAUUUCACAUGUAAUAAUAACUAUUUUUAUUAUGCAUUUAAAGGGACACUAUGUACCAUAACCACUUUAUCUUAUUGAAGUGGUUAUUCCUGCAGACUUAAAUAAAGACUUAAAGAGACUAUUCGGUAUUGUCCCUUGGAGUAAGCUUUUGUAAAUCCAAAGUUUGCACCAUGUGCCUCUGAUGAUUGGUGCUGUACGCAGCCAUGUUCGUUCAGCACCAAUCAUCACACAAACUGGGGAAAUCUUUUAACUCAUUGCCGGGAAACAGCACCUGCAAAUCCGCCCUUUAUGAUUGACAGGGCUUGUAGGCAGAGCUCUGAGCUCCACGUUAAAGCCCUAAUUUGCCAGUUUAAUAAAUAAAACUUGUCAAAUGUAAAACUGCAGAGAUAUGCUCUGCAUCAUACGCUAAAGUGAUUAUGGUGUCUAGAACAUCCCUUUAAAGCUGCAAAGCUUUAAUAUUCAAUACAUUCACUAUUUUCAAUAAUUGAAUGAUUUAAUGCAAAUAAUAUCCUCGCACGGUGUAUAGUUCUUUCAGGUUGUUAUAUUUCUGUAUAUUGAUGACAUUAAACCAUAGGAUUAAAUUAGAAAACAGAAAAAACUAAUAUUGUCUAUAACCGAAGCAGUGACUGUCACCCGUGAAAUAAAAACACACAUCAGAAUGCAUGUCACUUUCCUUCAUGACGCUGGCACUCGGCUUUUACCCCCUACACACACAUCCUGUUUUGCUUCUCAGUACCAGGGGGCUUCUUUGAGUCACACAGGAGGGGGCGGGGGGAUUCAGGAAACCCAUCGAAGAUGGAAUAUUUUGUUAUGGGGGUCCCUCGCAGAGGGGGAUGUUGAAGUUCACAAUUUCCAUUAAACAAAAAUAUUAAGAUGUCAUGUAUAAAAAUACACUGAAAGAGAGAGUAGAAAUGGCAUGGGUGCGAGAGAGAAACACAAUGAGGCAGACAGGCUGAAGGAAAUAUUGAGGAAGAAAGAUGUAGAGGGAGGGAGAGAGUGAUGUUCAUGUAUCAGGAGGGAGAGAACGAGCAUACUGUAGGGAGAUAGGCAAUGAUUUGAUAUAUCCAAUUGUACAGCGCUGUGGAAUUUGUUGGUGCUAUAUAAAUAAUAAUACUAAUAAUAUGCAAUGAGAGGUAGCAGUGCAGGAGAAAUGUGGCAAUUUGUAGGGGAAAUAGAUAUGCUAUAAUUAGGGGGAGAGGGAAGGUCAGAAUUCGAGGGAGAGAUAGAUGGUAAGGAUUAAGUUGAGUAAUAUUAUAAAGGUUAAAGGGAGAAAAGUGCUGAGGUUCUUGGGAGUGAACGUGAUGGGGAAGAUUAGGGAAACAGAGUGAAUAUGGGUGAUUUGUAGGGAGAUGGGGAGAACCGAAGGGAAGACUUAAAAGGUUAUUAAAGUAUUCGCUAAAGUGAAUUCAAAGUGAAUUUUAAAUUUAAGGUAAAAAAAGUAAAACUGGGAACAUUCUCUAAGUCAGCUUUCAGUUCAGCUACUCUGGCCUUAUAUGAUUAUAGAUUCACCUUGAUUUCUCACUUUAGUAGAUAACCCUGUUAGUAAGGGAGAGACAUGGUGAGAACUGGGGUUAGUGGUUAGGAUCAAGGGGAAAAGUUUGGUUAAGGGAAAUAAAAUGAUGGUGAUGAGUAGGGGAAAGAGAGAGUGUGAGAAUUAAAGAAAAAGAGGGAUUGCGAGGGUUGGGAGAAAGGAUGAGUGUAGUCAGUAGUUGCUUGCUCAAUCUAAAGCUGCAAGUCUAAAUUAAUCAAAUAAACCACAUUCUUCAAUAUUGGGUUAUGUAGGUCUUCAGUUGUGGAAUUUCAACUCUUGUGAUGCUUUGCCAGCCGCAGGCAUUUUCAUUUUAUAUUAGAAUAGUUGCCAGGCCUUGUGGGAAUUGUAGUAUUGCCAUAGCAGGAGUGCUGCCUUCUGAUUUCCCCAGAUGUUCAAAUAAAUGUUCUGCAGUAAGUGAGACCUGCACUUGUUGAGCCAAAAUUAAACGUCCUUCCUUCAUUUUAUCUCUUGCAGUCACCCAGUCCCCUCCAGGUCUUGUUCCUGAAAACGGCUCGGUCACCCUGAAUUGUUCUACAGAAAGUCCAAACAUGAAAACUAUCCGCUGGUUCCACAGAGGAAUUCCUAUCAAUCCCACAAGUAGAUAUGUACAAAGCGGCCACACACUUCGUCUGAUCGGCCUCACUCAAGCAGAAAGGGGGAACUGGAGCUGUGAGGUGAAAGGUGUGAGGGCCACACUGACACUCCAAGUACUAGGUGAGUCAAAGUAUCCCCUUCCCACUCACACUUAUAUCUCUGAACCGCACGCUGUGUGGUACUGGAGAUAGUGUCAGUGUUUCCUAAGGCUUCAAAAACUCUCAAUAUGCAACAGAUUUUUAAUUUAUUGCCCUCCUGUGACCUGUGUUAUUGAUCAUGUUUUUCUUCACACACUUGUUACAAAGUGAUGCCUUCAUGUGUUUCACAUAGAACAUUUGUCCCUCUGGAAGGUUCUAGGUAUUGAUAGUUAUUGACACGUUAUAAAAAUUCCACUAUUUUCUCUCCAUCAGGAAUUUUGGGAUCCAAGUCCCUCACCGUAUACGCAGGUGUUUCGUCCCGUGCUGAGUUACCCUGUGCUGUGACAAGUAUUCCAAAAGAUGAACACCUGGCUGUUCAUUGGCUCAAAGUCCCCAACACAAACAUCAGGGAUGCUCAGGGCCAGACGCUCGUCUUCAAUGAUGUGAGCACAUGGAAUGCUGGGAAAUACAGAUGUGAUGUCACCUACAAAGGGCAUACGUUGAGCAGAUGGAUUGAUCUGAAAGUCAUUCAAGUCAUUCGAGGUCAGUGAAUUUCAUCUAACGCUAGCCUAUUCAUGUAAAGGGCAACCGUCCGCUUAACCACUUCCUGCUCCCUCUUCUUCUCAUUUUAAACCCAUUUAUUUAUACUCACCCUCGCUGUACUAUCUCAAUAUUUCUUUCUCUCUCUUUCUGGGGUGGGGGGCAGGGGAUUACAAAGCCGCUUUAAUCUUCUGCAUUUCUCUGUCAUUAACGUUCAAAACAAUCUAGGUGUGUAUGUAUGUGUGUGUGUGUGUAUAUAUGUAUAUAUGUAUGUGUGUGUAUAUAUAUAUAUAUAUAUAUAUACAUUUUAAUGCAAGGAAGGAAUGGGCACUCGUAGGACUUUUAGUUAGAAAAAGUAAAAAAGAUUUUAAUUGUGAAGCUGCACAAUUAAAAUCUUUUUUUACUUUUUUCCAUUGUGGCAUUAUAACCUACGGAUUUACCUUUUUUAUACAACUGGAUAAAAGUGAGUGCCUUUAUAUCUACAUUCUACAUAAUAUAUAUAUUAUUAUAAUUAUUUUAUUUUUUCAAAGAUACUUCACAAUUCUGCACAAUGAUUAUACAAAACAUGCAAACAUGUUUACUGUUUAAUUAAUUUUGUUAUAGUUAUACAAUGUAUCUCAAGAUAGAUGGCAGAUAAUUUGCCAGAUGUACAAUUCAUUGGUAACUUACGUAAUAAUUAUUUAAAUGAUACGACAUACAGAGUUAUUCACUAAUGAAAGAAUUCAAAUUGAAUUUCAAAUUAAAGAUUGACGAAUAGUAGAAAUUAUCCUUUAGUUAUGGUUUCAGUUUGGCUACUUAGUCCUUGAAUUUGAAAUUCACUUUGAAUCCUCACGUUAGUGAAUCACCCUAAUAGUUUCUGUUUAGUGAGAAAAUGUUAUAGAUUUAGUGCAGACAUGAGAUUGUGUGAGUAGGUUGCUGUGGGAAGAAGAAAUUACUCAGUUGAUAUUUUCCAUAAGUAAGUGGGUUUUGGAUUUUUUAAAGGACUCAAAACUGGGAGUAAAUCUAAUUAGGACAGGACAAAAAAAAAAAUAGAAUGAAGGAGACCUGAAAUAUAUCCAAGUUAGAGAUAAGGUUGCAAGGGGAGUUGAAGGCCACUAGCAGUGCAGAACAAUAGAAAUUAGCUGUAAUUAUCCAGUAAAAAUAAUAUGUAGUUUGGGGUAGAACUGUUUAAAACUUCACAAGUGAGAGUAAAUCAAAAUCUAAAAUAUACAGGAAACAAGUGCGAGAACAGUGAAUAAAACUAGUUCGUAAAUGUAACCUGAAAGGGUAUCUUGUAAAAUUAUGAGUAAGGAAAAACAUGACAGGUUUAGCACAAAUAAGAACAUGUUUUUCAGCUAUUAGGAUUGUGUAUCAAGUAGGUAUUGGUAUUAUGGUAAAUGGGAUAGAGAGGAGAAAUCCAGAGUAAAACAGGGAGAUGUAAAAUUAAAAACACAGGUGAUGCUAUCGCUGUAGGAUAAUGGAAACAUUCUAUAAAAUCUCUGCGCAAUGUUUUGGAGAGAAGUCUGGCAGUGAAGACGAUGUUUUGAAAGAAUAAAGGAAGUGGAUGUAUAGAGAGUCAUAGUGUGACUGUUUUAGUAGAAAUGGGUGUAUGUUGAUUGAUGGCUGUCUGCAUUCGGAAGUACAAAAUCCAGUGUGGAAUUGAGUGCGUAGUGAAUGAUGUAUGUAUGUAAAUAUAAUAAUUCACUGAGGAAUUGGGUGUGUGUGAUGGGUAAUGGGUGACAGUGCUUAGCAGUACGGUAUUCAGUGUGGAUGUGUGUAUGGUGAGGGAUGGGUGACUCUUUAGCAAUUUAGUAUCCGGUGAGGACAUGUGUUUGUGGUGUCUGUUUAUUAUCUAAAAAGGAAAUGUUGAAGUGGGGCCUAAAAAAAAUCUAUCUGAUUAUUUUCUCUCUCUCUCUUCCUCUUUCUGUUUUUGCGUUUUCUGUUAUCUAACUUUAUCUUUCUUGUUCUUCUUCUCAGUGUUACCAUCAGACUCUCGAUUCAUUAGGGAAGGCUCCAAUCUGCAGAUAGAGUGUAAAGUACACGAAUCCCAGCUUGAAGAACAGUAUGAGUGGACAGGACCUUCCACAGACAGUGGUCAUAGAGAGGUGCAGCGUGGAGCAGUGCUAAACCUGCCCAGUGUACAAACAGAAGAUGCUGGUGUUUGGAAUUGUACGGUCUAUGGGAAGAAAGGAAUUGUGGGGAAAUCGCAUUAUAUGCUUUACGUCCACGGUAACUAUCCAUAUACAAAUUGAUAAUUUUAUAGAGGUAUUUUAUGUUUGUGUAUGCAUUUGUGCGUGUGUGAUCAAGUCUUUAGAGAAAAUAAUUGAGCAGAUAUUAGUACAAUUUUCUUAUAGUACAUCUUUGAAGGGCUUUCUAUUCCUUAGAGUAGGUGAUUGUUAAGUCUUAAGAGUAGGCGAUCACAAGGUUCCCAUGUCUUUACAGCCAGUGAUUGAAGCUUCCCAUGUUUUUAGAGUAGUUGAUCCAAAGAUGCCCUAUGCCUUUGGUGUUGGAUAAAACGAUUAAAGGCUUCCCCUGUCUAGGUGAUUGUGUGUCCUCGUAUAUUUAGGGUACCUAUUUGAGGAUUUAUUUGUCUGUUGAGUAAGCAACAGGAUUCUCACAUCUUUUUAUAGGAGAAAAUACAGUUUUGUGUAUUUAUAGCAGGUGUCCAAAUGCUCCUGAUGUCUGUAUAGUUGAUGCUUGGAGGGUUCUUGUAUCUUAGUCAGUCAAUGUACAUUUCUCAUGUCUUGAAACUUGGUGAUCUGAAAGUCUCCAAUUCUUUAGAGCAGGUGAUUGGAGAUUCCCAGGUCUUAAGAGCAUUUCAUCAUGGGGUUUCUUUAGUCUUUAGUUCAGGUGACCAGACAUUUACCAUGACAGGUGACCACAGAAGAUAAUAUAUUUUACACCUUCAUAGGCAUAUCUUGAACUGGUUCUAUAGUCUUAGGAUAAGUAUUGAAAUCUGGAAAAGUAUAUGAUUAUUAUGUUCCUGGAAUGGGUUAUGGAAAAAUUUUAGUGUUUUUGAAAAGAAGAUGGGAAAUUUCCUUAGUCUUCUAAUCAGAAUUCGAGAAGAUGUCCUUAGCUUUUUGAGAAUAUGAAAGAAAAGUCUUUGAAGUGUCUGACAGAUGAUUAGUGUGUUCCUGAGACUAUGACUAGAUCAUUUGAAAGCUCACAAAUGUUUUCACCUGCUCUAUUAAAUAAUUCAUUAAAAUCGAUCUGAUUACAUAUCCUUGUUCCCACCUUCAGCUUCCCAGACAGGGAUUCGCACAGCCUCAUCAUGGCAAAUGUAUGUCAUUCUCCUGCUGUCUUUUCUACUGGUGCUGGGAAUAGCUACAAUCGCUGGAUUGUCUGUCCAAAAUAGAAGGGUUAGUAUUACAAAUAUUUAAAGAUAUCCUUCAUCUUUUCUAAAUUAAAUGUCUAUGUCACCCUUUGGUUUCCUUUUCCUCAUUACCUAUCCCUCUGAAUCUUUUCUAUCUAUCUUACUUUCUCUCUAUCUUAACUGCCCAGCUCCUUGUUUGUUUUUUAACGUAUACUCUCUGCAUACUUGCUUACCAACUUUAUCCUCAUAUCACAUCUAUAUCCUCCACCUUACGGGAGCACUCUGGGCACCAUAACAACUUCAUCGGGAUGACGAUAUUAUGGUGCGAGUAGGACCUCAGGUGCCAGCUUAUCUCAAGUGGCUAAAGUGUUAACAAAUCAAGUCUCGAAUCCGGUGCCUACCAGCUCUACCCAGCUACUUACGUUUCAGUCCUAAGCUUGAAUCAGGAAGCCUUGGACUGGGAUCCAUCCCAUUAACAUAUUAAAACACUCUCAGCCCAUAAAUGGCUUCUAGUUCCAGGAUUCUGAUAAAAGCUUCAAACUGCAGUGGAAGUAGCUGGGCAGAGUUGAUCGGUGCCAGAUUCAAGACUUUGGGAUUAAACCAUUAGCCAUGGUUUAAUUCCUUGAAGUAAUAUUGCAUCCAGGGACCUCCUCACACCAUAUCAAGUUAAUUCUGAAUAAGUUGUUAUGGUGCCCGGAUUGUCGCUUUAACUUACCCUUGUCUUUACUCUCCAACUAACCAUCUCCACGCCUUUCCAUUAUAUUUAAAUUCUUCUGCAUUUCUACUGUCCAUCUUAUCUCUGCAUCUUUACUUUCAGAUUGCCUUCUCUGUGUCUCUACUAGGCACCUAACUCUCUCUGUGUCUGUAAUCUUUUAAUAUACGAUCCGUGUUUCUGCUUUCCAAAUGAUCUUAUCCACAUAUUUACUCUCCACCUUACCCUCUUCCCAACAUCAUUCUUUCCCAUACGAUCUCUGCAUCAUUUUGCGGUACCUUGCAAUCUUUGCAUUUAUACUUUCUUUUUGUUUCUGUUUCCGUUUCACUCUCCCUUUUCCACAAAGUUCUCUUUGCAUUUUGUUUCAAUUAAUUUUUUCUGCUCAUUUGUCUUUGAGUCAUUACUCUUUUUAUUACCCAUGCUUCUCUUUGACUCAUCUUCUCUAAAUCUCUACCAUCUCAAUUUAUCUUUAGAGGCGGCUCUUGAACCUAGCUGCUCUUACAUCAAUGGAUCGCCCCUGUGUGCCUGCCAAAAAAAGUCUCAGCUUGUGAUAUGACGUCAUCCACAGCUCUGGGCUUUGUCAUGCCACCCGAAUAUGCCUGAUAAUAAAUGAAUGUGUAAAAAAGAAUCAUCUCCUGCUAAUGUCCAUCAAUAAAUGCCUGAGUGUAUGAGAUAGCAUUAUCCUGCGCGUAGCUAUGCUCAGUCAUUUGUAUUAUGAUGUGUGUUUUAUCAGUGCAGGUAAAUGCUGAAGCCACAGCAUUGAUUCAGGUGUGGGUCAGUGUCUCCAUGCUAAAAGGGCCCAAGAUACUGGUCAUAAACAGAUUUAUUGGGUUAUUAUCAUGCUACUUGUUCUAUAUUAAAUUUUGUAUAUAUUGUGUAUUAAUAUUGUUUUUGUAUUUUAUUGUACCCUAUUGUAUCAUUGCAAUGUUUUGUGGACCCGGGACAUACUUGAAAACGAG